AUAAUAUAUGACACUUCUUGCCUUCUCCUUACUCAAUACAAAACAAUCAGACUGGAUAACCACAAUGCCUGCCUCACACCCAGUGGAUACAGAAAUUCAUUCUGGAUGGAUGAGUGGGUGCAGGGUCAAGGUCAGGGUGGAGGCUGUGGUCUGGGGCCGUAGCCUGUACGGUACGGUCGAGUCAGUUUGAGUCUGCUUGAGUCGGUUUGAGUCUAUCUGAGUCUCAGUCGAUAGUUGAUGGCGUGGUACGUUAUCUUCUCUUACCCAGUGACGUCACAGCUUGGUUCGGCUUGGCACGGCAGCCUAAUACAGGAAACCUUAGCCUUGAACGAAAACACUACCGGUGACGCCAGGGUUACCGAUACCAGAGCAAGUUGGUAGUGGUUUUUAUUUGUUUGAUGCAUUUUAGGUGAAGUCUUAUUUUGCAUGUGUGAAGUUUUAAUGCGAUGUUAUCUAGUCAUCAUAAAUAGUUGGAAUAAUUUAUCAGGCAUAUGAAACAUUUAGUAGGUGGGUACUUGAAUUUUGACCAUAAAGGAACAUACUGCCCUGACUGCUUUGUAACAUUGUCAAAUAAUGAUUGUCAGAUGAAGGACUGACGAAAAAUAAGCCUGAGCUGAAGACAUCAAAGACUCUGCAAUGGAUGCUUAUCAUACACCAACUAAAAGCAAAGGGGCCGAUGGGAGCGUGCCGUCCACCUCUGGCGUCUGUUCGUCCACACCGACGGCGCCGAGCCCGUCGGUGCGCCGGCGCGCGCCGUCGCCCUCGGCCACGCCGGUGAAGGUGGAGCCGCCGUCGCCGCCGUCAUCACCGCCGCUGGCGCUGCGGCCGCCCCCCUCCGAGGCGGCUGCUAAGAUGGUCAACAACCUUCGGAGGAGCGUGGAGAGCGUGGUGCACCGGCUGCAGCAGCGACCGAUCGUGUACGCGGCGCCGGCACUGCUGCUCGACCAGCCCGCCACGGUGGACCGGCGCACUGCCGAGUCCCCGCGGCUCUGUGACGACUUCUGGAGCCACCUGGGCGGCAGUCCCGACUCGAGACGCCGCCGCGGCGCGCCGCCGGCCGAACUGUCCGAGGAGGAGCACCGCCGAAAGCUGCUGUACGCCGUGACAUCGCUGGAGACGCGACUCAGUGGCGCCGCCUAUCCGUCGGCGGAGGUACUCAGCUACCUGCUGCGACACUGCAAGGCCGACUGUGAGGUGGAGGUGCGGCGCCGCUGUCUGCGCGCGCUCCGCAGGAUCGCCUUCCUGCACCCGCCGCACGGGCGUCGGAUACGCGUCCUGUACAAAGCCGUGCUGGCGGGACCAGAGAAGGACUGGAGGCCGCUGCGCUCCUCCAUAGAGCGGUGUCUGCGGCCGGCCGGCGGCGGUGCGUCCCCGGCACCGAACAGACGCCGCCGGGACGCUGGACAGACGGGCGCAGAGGUCUCUCAGGAGCAGCGCCUGCUGGACACCGAGCUGCUGGACCUGCUGGUCACCCUACUGGAGGAGGAUGUGAUCUUCUGGUGGCGGGCCAGCGCAAGGCUGAAGCCGGCCACCCAGCUGCAGGACCUCCGUCCGGCCGUCUGGCCGCUGCUGGUAUCCGCCCUGUGGACGGCCGACCAGCAGCCGGGCGCCUCGGUGGCCGCCACGCGCGACCUCUGCCGCUGGCUAGUGGAGGCGCACGCGCCGCGCGACGAGCCCCCCGAUAUGGUCACCCGACGGUUACUGCUGCGUCUGAUGGCCAUGGCUGCCGAGGUGACCAGGAUCCGGGGUCAGCACAGCCUCCUGGAGGUCACGGACGACAUGCGGGCGAUGGCCGGUGACCUGACCCGCGCCGUGCUGGAGAAAAACCUGGAGCCGUCAGCUGUGGAGGAGCUGCUCUGCGAGCUCCGACCCGCCUGGCUGGUGGCUCGGCUGGCCGCCUGGCGUCUGCACCAGCGUCACGGCCGCCGGUGGCUGCCCGGACCGCUGACACUGCAACUGAUCCACGACCACUUUCUGACGGAGCAGGAGAAUCGCACCCCGACCGCGGACGAGAGAGCGGUGCGUUUUGCUGGCUCGAACGGCGCGCUGACGGCGCCGCGUCCGGCUCUGAAGCGGGGCCCUGUUUUCGCCCACCGGCAGCCCGGCCAAGAAGGCCAGGGUCACCUGGAGGGUCGGCGAGGGCGAAGGUGAGGGCGACUCUCCGGGCUCUGUGGACUUGACCACGCGCAACACCACGGACCGUGAGUACUCUGUGCUGGUCUACCACCUGCUCUGUGCCCACCUGCUCCACACGGGACUGCCAGAGGUGCGCGUGCACAUGACGGGCCGCCUGCUGCGCGAGGGGGCCGAGGCCGGGCGCACUGUGGUGGCUGCGCCGUCCUCCUCGCGCGUCAGCAAUGUGGACCUCGUCGCCUACCGCCGCGAGCUGGAGUGGAUCCAGGACAAACUGUGGCGGCGCGACGGCGCCACGCACCUCGACCCGCUCUACCUGCGCUACAUGAAGAUGAUCACCAAUCUGUGAUGAGCGCGUUUAAAAGAGGAGACCUGGCGCGGCCAUGUGGAUAUUAAUAUCGGGACGUAUCUGGUGAAGAGGAUUCGGCCAGAUACAAACAGGACGACCCUUCGGGUCGAUCGAACGAGAUGCUUUACUGCUUGGGUGCUUUCUUAGAAGUGUAGCUGUCCCGGGGCGGCCCGAAGACGAUCUAGCAGUGGCAGAGACUGUGUAGAUCGCUGCCGUCACGGUGCUGUUGCCAGAACGGAAUAUGAUACUCGGGUAUCAUACCCAUUCACUCAUUCGCGUCCAUUGUGUAUCAAAGCCAAGAGAGAAGGAAGAAUAGUGAAUGGUACAAAGUCGUACAAAUCAUUCAUUCCCCCAGUAAUCAUUUUUCAUCCUAGAGGUGUUAUGCCUGCGACUUCACAUGCAAGUUUCAUGAGCUGGGAUGUGCACGAUGAUGCUAGUUUGAGGUAGUUGAUAUUAAAUCAGAGUUAGCUGAGGGCUGCAAAGCAAUCCAUUUGAAGUAGACAUUAGGGUUGGUCUGCUUGGCCCACUGCCACAGCGCUCCAGUUCAUCAACUGAUCAGGUCACCCUGCUUGCAGAAAUUCCCAUGAUAUUCCUAUUUAUUUUUAAGCUAAGAUUCGCCGCUUGCUUUGCGACAAGAUGCGCGACACUAUCGCUGCUUUCGUUAUUUUAUUGUUACUGGUGACGUGCGUUUUCCUCCUUUUUUUGAGAUUUUGUCUUUUCUACGAAUGUUAAGCUGUUGAGAAGUUGGCCUUUUGGUCCUCCAUUUCCAAAGCUGGAUUCGCCCAUUUAAAAAAUCCCGUUUGGGCCCCGGCCAGUUGCGCCCUGUUUGAUAUGUCUAUGAACUAAUGCUGAAUUUCCGAUCAUCGGAGAGGUGGUGCACAACUAUUCGCAGGUGGCGAACGUGCGCCGUUAACAUACUCAUCAUUUCAAUGGGGAUAUCAGCUUGGGCUUUCAACGGCAUAUUAAAGGAAAUAGUUCACUUUCCUGAAAUAAGUAUUUUGCUAUGGACUUAUGUUUUUUAAUGCUCAAAUUGAUCAGAAAAUAAAACAAAACGUUUUUGUAAAAAGGAUUAUUUUCUAUAUUUUAGUAUAAGAAGAACUAUAUUCUAUAUAAAAUAAUGUUUGACGCGGAAGCUUAUUACGCGUUGACCAAUCAUAUUGCGUAGGACAAACCCAUCGGCUGUAAGCAGCAUUCUGAUUGGCUGACGAUGACGUGACUGCAUUCCUCAGCAAGGCACGCAUUCCUCUGCAAGGCACUCUUUUCGGAACGAAAAAUGGAAUAUCUUCGUCUAGGGUGAUCGUUGGGCGGUAAAAGCUUCUGAUUUGUGCUAGUCUCAGCGCAAGCAACAAAACUGCUAUUCCAGUUCCAACCCCCAUGUUAAAAGUGAACUAUUUCCUUUAAAAAGAUUGGAUAUUCAAAUUGAUUUCUCGGAAAAGAGCCGAGCCAUUUCGGUUUUCGAGUGUAAGGCAUUUCGAACUAUGGAUAUGAUCUGUGUGUAGAUUACGUUUUUAUGAUUAUUUACGUCGCAGUAAUAAACAACAAAGUGGCUA